AUGAAUCCUGUUCCAAUUACAGAAUUUACGUACGAGUCCACAUAUUGGCCUCAAAUUUCAGACUUUGUUCGUCAUGCGUUACGAGUCGAUCUUCAGGCCGAACGACCGUUGCAUACAUACUCACAUGAAGAACUUUACAGGAGUAUAUAUUGGAUGUGUUGGCAAGGAUUCCAUAAAAGACUUUUUUCAGAUUUGAUCUCGACUAUUGAAGAAACUCUUCAUUUACUUGGUAAUCAAUUAAAUAAUAUACAAGAGUUGGAUAUUUGGUUUCCUAGUUUUGCAAAAAUAUCCAUUAAUCACGCCAAAGCCACAGAGAUCCUAGGCAGUGUAUUUGCUUAUUUGGAUAAAACCUAUAUUCAAUGCACGCUUCAUCAAAAUCUGCGAGAUGUGUUAAUUUCUUACUUUCAAGAAAUAAUUACGGAGAAAUCGGAGAUGCGCAUCAUUUAUGUUUUUAGUAUGAUUUUGGAGAACCCUACCAUUGAUUUAAAUCUCGUCGUAGAGGCUGUCAAAGCGUUAUACAAGAUCAAACCUGAUAAUAUAUAUUUGAAUCCAACUUUGUUUCACAAUUUUAUUGAGGAUAUGAAAUUACCAUCCAACUUGCAGGAUCUACAAAUACGUUAUACAACAUUGGAAACUAAAUAUCAAUUAGAAAAAUUAAAAAUGGAAGGUUGGGAGCCGGGAUUUUCCAAAUUGAAGAGAUCAUUAUCAAACGACGAUGUCGAGGAAACUUCAGGAAAACGCGUUCAACACUAG